CACGUAAAUUCAUCUUUCUCAUCACUUCAUCUCUAUUGAUUCUCUCACUCCAUGCUGCUGCUGAUGCAAACUGCAGUCCUUCAGCAUGCGGGGCUAUUCGCAACAUCAGCAACCCUUUCCGCCUCAAUAGCGACCCCAUCCACUGCGGCCAUCCCAACUUCGAACUAACCUGCGAAAACAAUGUCACCUUCUUCCAAUGGGACUCCACCAAGUACUAUGUCAAAUCCAUCAACUACCAAAACUCCACCGUCAGGCUUGUUGAUGCUUCCAUAAACAACGACGACAUCUGCUCUUUCCCUAUCACUUCCUCAUACUACGAUUCUUACCUAUGUGGAGAAUUGUCAGUUAACUUGAUUAGCUGCCCCAAUCCGUUGAACAAUUCUUCCAUCUUUACAGAUAUUAGUCAAGAUUGUGCCUCUAAUUUAUCACAUCCCGGAUUUCGUUACAUAAAUGUUGGGCGCAUCAAGGCCUCAGAGGUACCACAUAUGUGUGGAGUAGAUCUAACAGUCGAAAUAUCAGGGCAGGGAUUCAUGAAUCUGAAGAAAGUUUCACUCUCUGAAAUCCACCAAUAUUUCUUGUAUGGCUUUGAAAUCCAAUACGGUUAUAAUCGCUACAAAAAAUCCACAAUAUGGGAGCAACUCUUGAAUCGCAUAUUAGCACCUACUCGGUAUCUACUAGUUCCUCUGGCCAUUCUAGUUUUCAUAAUAGCAGGGGUAAGCCUUCCUUUGACGAUCAUCAUUGGAACUACUGGUCUAUUACUUUUCUCCUUUGCUACAAUUUGGGAUGAUAUAGAAUACUACUACUACUAUCAGGUACGGCCAUCUCAAAGUUACGGAGCAUUCGAUGGGAAUGAAGUUAAGAACCUCGAACUCCCUGCCAUUAUCACUGGAGUCAUCAUCUGGUCACCAAGGGUAAUCAUUUGUCCUUUGGUAUUCUGCUUUUUGAUCUACAAGUUCCGGAGGAGGCGCUUGUCCUCUUUCGAGGUAGUAGAGUCAUUCCUACAAAGUGACAACAAGCUGGCUCCGAUCAGGUAUUCGUACUCCGACAUAAAGAAGAUGACUAAGAAUUUUAAAGAUAAACUAGGCCAAGGUGGCUUCGGUUCUGUUUACAAGGGAAAGCUUCGAAGUGGCAAUCUGGUAGCAGUCAAAUUGCUUGGAAAAUCCGGAGCAAACGGGCAAGACUUCAUUAAUGAAAUAGGAACUAUUGGAAGGAUCCAUCAUGUAAAUAUAGUCCAACUUGUUGGAUAUUGCGCUGAAAGAUCAAAGCAUGCCCUUGUUUUUGAUUUCAUGCCAAAUGGUUCCCUUGACAAGCACAUCUUCAAUCGAGAAAAAACAUCACCAAUAAAUUGGGAAAUGAAGUUUAAGAUUGCAGUUGAAGUGGCUCGGGGGAUCAAGUAUCUGCACCAUGGUUGUGAUAUCCAGAUCUUGCAUUUUGACAUUAAACCUCACAAUAUACUUCUUGAUGAUAAGUUCAUUCCAAAAAUAUCAGAUUUUGGGUUGGCAAAAUUAUGCUCAACAAACAAGGAGACAGUGACAAUGACGAUGGCUAGAGGAACCAUAGGGUAUGUUGCUCCGGAACUUAUCAAUAGAAGUAUUGGUGCGGUCUCUUACAAGGCUGAUGUGUAUAGUUUUGGGAUGUUAUUGAUGGAAAUUGUGAGCUUAAACAAAGAUUUGACACGAAAUAAUGAUGAAUCUAGCAAGUAUUUUCCAAACUGGAUAUACGACCACUUGAACCAAGACAAGGACAUUCACAUUGGAAAUGCUGAUGAAAAAGAUGAUGGAAAAAUUGGUAGAAAGAUGACCAUUGUAGCGUUAUGGUGCAUACAAAUGAGUCCAAAUAAUCGUCCAUCAAUGAAUAAAGUUUUGGAGAUGUUAGAAGGUAAUGUCGAAAAUCUGCAGAUUCCGGAUUAUCCAACGCAUAUGGCAGGAAAUGAGAAAGGAAACUGGGCAACAAAUUCAAAUGCUUCCAUAUCAUUGUUGCAUGAUAACAACGAUAGCAGCAUUAUUCAGAUUAUUAGUAAUGUUUGAAUUUGGAAUGUCAUCUACUUUUCCUUUAAAAAAGAUCCACUAGUUGUGUAUUUGUAAUUUGUUCAUAAUUAGAUGUAUUGUGGAAUGAAUUACCAUAUUACUAUCAAAUAGAGUAGUUUAUUUUAA